GCAUUUGUUUGAAGGCUGUGAUUCUCACCAUACCGGUCCUGAGGAAAGGCUCUCUGUGGACUGAGGUUUUCAGUUUUUACCGUAAUCUUUAGUUCUCAUGAGAGCCCUCUCGAGGACAUGUGCCUAUCUGGUGCCUCUGCUCUCAUCUAGCUGAAUAAGAGGAAGUCGAUAAUUGACUACCAUGUCUGGUUCUCAUUUAUAAGAUGUUUUAAGAAAGAUUUGAAACACAUUUUCUGAAGAAAGCAGAAGGCCUCUUCCCAAUAUGACUUCGGAAGUCACUUAUGCCGAAGUGAGCUUCAACAAUGAAUCCAAGUCCUCAGGCGUCAACUCUUCUGCAGCUUCCAAGGCAAGGGCUGCCCCUCACAAGAGCAAUGCUGGGUUUCCCAAGCUGCUCUGUGCCUCCCUGCUGACGCUGUUCCUGCUAAUGGCAAUCUCAUUCUUCAUUGCUUUUGUCAUUUUCUUUCAAAAAUAUUCGCAGCUUCUUGAGAAGAAGACUACAAAGGGCCUGGUUCAUACGACAUUGGAGUGUGUGAAAAAAAAUAUGACCACGGAAGAGACAGCCUGGAACUGUUGCCCAAAGAACUGGAAGUCGUUUAGUUCCAGCUGCUACUUCAUUUCUACGGAAUCAGCAACUUGGCAAGAGAGUGAGAAUAAGUGCGUUAGAAUGGCGGCUCACCUGCUGGUGAUAAACACUCAGGAAGAGCAGAAGUUCAUCAUCCGGAAUCUGGAACAAAAUUCUGCUUAUUUUGUGGGACUCUCAGAUCCAGAAGGUCAGCGACGUUGGCAAUGGGUUGAUCAGACACCAUACAACGAAAGUGCCACAUUCUGGCAUGAAGGUGAGCCCAGUCAUACGAGUGAGCGCUGUGUUUUGGUAAAUUUUCGUUAUUUCAGAGGCUGGGGCUGGAAUGACGUUCCUUGUUAUGAUCGUCAAAGGUCAGUCUGUGAGAUGAUGACGAUCCACUUAUGAACUGAACAUUCUCCGUGAACAGGUGGUUGGAUUGGCACCUGUCAUUAUAGGGAUAGAUAGUAAGCUCUUCUUAUUUAUGUAUAAGGGAGGUCCAUAGAAUGUAGGUGGGCUGUCAACUAUUCUACUUACGAGAGAAUUGGUCUGUACAUUGAUUGAUUCACUGUUUCAUAAAAUGAGCAUUGAUUGAGCAUUUUUUCAUGUGCCAGAGACUGUACUGGAGACCCCUAUUGUGCACACAUGGAGAGAACAUGAGUCUCUCUCAAUUUUUGUCUGGUUGCUAAAGAAUUAUUUACCAAUAAAAUUAUAGGAUGUGGUUUC